AUGUGCACCAACCAAAGCCCUUGGGCCAUCAAUGACAGUUUUGCUUAUGGCUUCGCUGCUGUUAAACUUGCAGGAGUAAGUGAGUCGUCUUGGUGUUGUGCCUGCUAUGAAUUGACCUUCACAUCUGGCACAGUAAAGGGCAAGAAGAUGAUCGCCCAGGCUACCAACACCGGCAGUGAUCUCGGGGACAACCACUUCGACCUGCAGAUGCCAGGAGGAGGUGUCGGGGCUUUCAACGGAUGCACCGCCGAAUUCGGAGCUCCUUCCACAGGCUGGGGUCAGCAGUACGGUGGAAUUUAG